GAAACGUCCGUCCAAAAAAUUGACACAUAUACGUUGUUUUUAAUUUCUACUUUUUAUAACACAGUUUGGCAAACUUGUCAAGCAUGUUAGCGUUUGCAAUAUUUGCAGUAGUGUUUGUUCUUGGACUUAUAGGCGCUGUCAUUUAUUUAUACCCGAGUUCUAAAAGCCCAUCAACUGUGCCUGGAUUAGACCCUGUGAACAAGGAAGAUGGCAACUUGGGAGAUAUUGCACGUGCUGGCAGUCUGCACGAGUUUCUCAUGCAGCUUCACGAAGACUAUGGUCCUGUAGCCUCAUUCUGGUGGGGACCUACUUACACCGUCUCCAUCUGUGAGGAGGACCUGUUUAAGCAGCACACAAAUGUCUUUGACAGACCAGUUGAGCCGUUUAGGCUAUUCGAGCCUUUGAUCGGCAUGAAGUGUAUCCAAUACGCAAACGGUCAGGAGGGGCGUGCACGUAGACGUCACUAUGACACAGUCUUUACUCAUGAGGCGACCAAAAAAUACUUCCUUGACUUCCAGGAGAUAGCCGAUGAGCUGGUCAAGAAGUGGGACGGUCUUGUGAAAGAGGACCACAUUCCCGUGACGGAGUACAUGACCAUGUUUACACUGAAGGCUGUGCUCCUCUCCUUGUAUGGCAAAUAUAUGAAGGAUGACAAGAAAGUAGUAGAGUUUAAACACAUUUAUGAUCAGGUUUGGAGUGAAUUGGAGCUAAGACUCAAAGAGCCUCCUACAGACAUCCGGGAAAAAACUCUGCAAGAGGGUAAGAAGAAGAUGUUUGCCCUCACAAACGAGAUAGUGAAACACCGCCGAGCUCAUCCCCCAGAACAUGGAGAGGAACUAUUUCUGGACGUGUUGCUUGAUGGAGACAAUGAUGAAGUGAUCUCCUGUGACGCUCUUGCCUAUGUGAUUGGAGGGUUCCACACUUCAGGGAAUUUGUUGUCAUGGGCAUUCUACUUCCUUGGAAGCCAUCAGGAUAUCCAGGAGAAAGUCUACAAGGAGAUCAAGGAGAAGCUGGGAAAUGAUGAUGUAGACUUUUCAACCAUGAAUGACCUUGUCUAUCUGAGUCAGGUUAUAGAUGAAACACUGCGCUGUGCCGUUAUUGGCCCGUAUGCUGCCCGCUACCAGGACCACGACUCUGAGCUUGGCGGGCAUAUUAUCCCCAAAAAUACUCCAGUGAUUCACGCCCUGGGGGUUGCCAGCUAUAAUGAGAAAGUCUUCCCAGAACCAGAGAAGUUUGACCCCGACCGCUUUGCCCCAGAAAAGAAACAUCUCCACCAUCUAUCCUUCGUUCCAUUUGGUUUCGCGGGUAAACGAAAAUGUCCUGGCUACCGAUUUGCCUAUGCAGAAGUAACUGUUGCCAUGGUUACGAUUCUCCGCAAAUUCAAGGUCAAGCUUGUUGAAGGUCAGGUGAUCACCCCCGUACAUGGCCUUGUUACCCAUCCGAGUGAUGAGGUUUGGAUAACCAUUUCUAGGAGAUAGACUCUUGACAUUUGGAGAUUGAUUGAUAAAAUGAUUGUAUCCUGAAUAUGUAUAUUUCAUGUUUAUGGUUCAUGAAUGUUUAAGCUUAUAGAUUGAAAUUGUAGUAUUGAAAUAAUAUAUGGAUAUACCUGUUUCAAUGUUUGGCUAUAAUCAUUUUCAAGUUAUUUCAACUUUUUAAUCAGAGUUAAAUCUCAGUACUUUUGAUACCGCCUAGGAUAUUGUUCAAUAUUUGUGUGUAUUUAUCAGCUGAUCAUUAUCACCAACCAAACAACAGGUUUUAGGAGGGGGAUAUUGUUAAUGCCUUCCGUCUGUCUGUCACACUUUUUUUGCCAUAUCUUAUCUGGUAAAAAUUGGUCAGAUAAUGUUCAAACCUGUUGAGAAUGUUCCCCUUGAUGAAGUCUUGACUGCUUGUAAACACAUGUCACUUAUGGUAAUAAAAUAGGUCACUAGGUCAAAAAUCUUUGGAACACACAAGUGACUUUAUAUUUGGUUCAAUCUUCAUGAAAAAUUAAUCAGAAGGUUUCUUGUGAUGUUUUUUCGGACAAAUUUAAAACUGGGCCAAAUGUAAUCAAAAUAUAGGUCACUUAGAGUCAAAUCUAUUUUUGUCGUCUGGAACGGUAUCAUCAAAACCUUUUCUUGUUAGGGAUUGGUUAGAUUAUAUAAAAAAAUAGUCAUUAUGUUCCAUUUGUUAAAGUUUCAACAGCUUGUAAAAUUGGGUCACAUAGGGUCAAACCUAGGUCACAAGGUCAAAUCUUAUCUUUGGUUCACUAUUCAUCAAACUUACUCAAAAUGUUUCCCCUUGAUGAGCUCUUGGUAAAAAAAAUUAAAACUGGGUCACAUGUGAACAAAACUAGGUCACUAAGUCAAAUUGUAGAAAAAAAUAUUAGAAACAUACCAGAGACAGUAUAUCUUGUCCAAUAUACAUAGAACUUUUUUAGAAUGUUUUCCUUGAUGAAAUCAUUGACUAGUUUGAAACUGUUCGACAUAAGGUCAGAAACUAGGUUACUAGGUAAAAUCUUGCUCAGAUGUUAUUCAAUCUUUGGUCAGAAUGAUCCACUUGAUGUUAUUUUGAUAGACUUUUAAAGUGGGCUACAUUGGAUCAAAAACUAGGUCAUAAGGUCAAAUAUUAGAGAUAUCUUGGGAACAAACAGGAAAUAUAUCCACUACAAUCUUCAUAAAAUUGAAAUCAUGGAUUUGUUUGCAACCAAGUCAUAUGGGGUCAAGAACUAGGUCACUAGGUCAAGUCUUAGAAAACCUUGUGAACACUCUAGAGGCUUUGUAUUUGCAAUAUUUUGGGUUCAAUCUUCAUUAAGCUUAAUCAGAAUGUUUGCCUUGAUAAAAUCUAGUUUUUUUUGUUUGAAACUGGGUUAACUUAGGGUUAAAAACUAGGUUACUAGGUCAAAUCUAAAUACUACACUAUUUACAAUAUUCUUUUUUUUCAAACAAAUGCCAACAAACCCAUAUCUCAUAUAUCCAAGGUGAAUUAAAGUGCAUCAACCUGCAGGUGUAUUGCAUGUUUUGGUUGGAAUAUUUCACAAACACUUGAUUUUACAUUUCAUCUAUUUUGUCUUAUCAGAUGGUGAAUAUCAAUUCAACAAGUGUGCAUGUUUUCUUGUGUUUUGUCUUAUUAUUAAAGAUAGUCAGUGAAGUUAUCUGAAAAAUGUGAUUGCAAAAACUUUAUUUUAGGAACUUUAAUGAUAUCAUGAUCUGUUGUAGUUUUAUCCUAAAUAUAUAAGUGCUAUUCCAUUUAAACAUGCCGUCCACCCCAGAGAGUCAUAAUCAAAAGCGAUCGCCUUCCUUUAGAUGUUUAUUUAACGUAAAAAUGUUGAACCUUCCCCAUGAAUUUCUUUAUUUUGCCUUCCUGGGGUGUGUUGUGUGUUAAAAUGGAAUUUUCCUAAGGAUACUUUGAAUGUUUGUGAUAAAUAUACUUUGCAUUGAAUGUUCAAUUUCCUUCUGUGCUUAUAAAUAUACUUGCAGAAUAAAGUAAGUGGGCUGAAAACUUUCUCACAGAAGUUUUUUUCUGAAAAUUGGCAAAUAGCGAGAACCCCCUUCUGUUUAAAAUGUGCAUUGAUAUGUAAGAUAAAGGGGAUAAAGAAAACAAACCUAUCAAAUGUUUUCAAACAAAUUCAGAGAGAUUUGUUUUCAAGCACAGUUUCUUUUUUCCACCAGUAUGAUUUUUUACCUGUAUAAAAAUUGUGGUGCACAUUUUUUUAAUAGCUGUUAGGAAUCUCAUUGCUUGUAAAAAAUAUGUUAAGCUCAUUGAUUGAAAACUUUUGAUACUUGUUAUUUCGCAAAAAUCUAUUCCUACACAUGGAUUUCAUUUACAUAUUCUAAAAUUGUGCUUUGAUUAUCAACAUGUUUUAUUGUGCAUGUAUGGUUUUGACUGAUUUUUGGUUUUAAUGUUGUUCUUAAAUAUAUCUCAACUUCGAAAGGCAACCUGGUUCAGGAUUACUGUUGUAGAUUAGUAAUAUUCAAGCUUAUUGAUUUAUUUCAUCUGUAUUUAUGAUGACACUUAAGAAUUAUGUUAUUUGAACACUGAAAGAAAUAUUUUUUUGGUGUUCAAGAGAUGAAAUAUGUUUUAUUUCUCACUGAAAUAAACAAUUUAUAUCUUAUGCUUAAACUCAUUCAAAAUGAGGUGGCGUAAUUGAACUUUUGUUCAAGCUUGAUGUGCUCUGAUUUUGGAUAUCAAAAUGUUACUUCAGUGUUUUAAAACAGUUCAAUAUCAAUUAAAUCUCACUGAUAAAAUUCUAUAUACCACCGGUAAGGAUAGAAUAAAAUAUUAGAUCUAGUAUUUUCAGAGAAUGUGCAAUUUUGAAUUUAAACUUCAUCUUUGUAAUGAUUAUUGACUUUUUAUUGUUAAAUGCGCUAUGAUAGUAAAUAAUUAUAUAUU